CUCAUUUUGUUGUGUUUUCUCUCCAUGUGUUCCCUGUCCUAUGUUGAUUGUGUCAUUCCUAUCAGCUGUGUUUUCCCAGACAUCCUGUGUUUAUAAGUCCAUGUCCAUUCAGUUCAAGUUUGUCGGAGAUUGUACGUCUACCUUUAUGUUUGCUGUGCUCCUGUCUACCUAUGUAUUCCAGUGGAUUACUGAAUUAAAAGAAGAUUGUUCCAUGCAUUCCUGGUUUCCAGUUUCCGAAGCCCUCCUUCGUCCAUGGUUCCCUCGUCCAGCCCUGAGGGAGCUUCUGAUUCUCCAGUGCCUGUUCCUAGAAUGUGUCCUUCAGUGCCCGCUCCUCGAAAAUGCCUGCCCUUCCACCGGUUCCAGCCAGUGGUGCCUCCUCCACUGCUGUCGUCUGGCAGCCCCUCUGCUUGCCCUGAGUCCACCAUCAUUGCUGUGCGAGCCCCGCGUGACCAUCCUCCAGUGUCACCGUGGUUGGAGUCUCCCUCACCUCUACCUCCAGCUCGGCCCGUAUCCCUCUGGCUUUACCUUGGUCUGGCCUCGACCAUCCUGUGCUUCGGUACUCCAUUCCUCUGGAUUCGCCUCGUCCCUACAUCCCUCUGGCUCCAUCAGGCUCCUCCAUUCCCUUGGCUCGACCUCAGCCCUCUGUCGCUCUGGCUACCCCACGGCCUCCUGGAUCCACAUCUCCAGUAACUGUUGGUUGGCCCUCUGGAGUCCGCAGCCACUCCUUCUCCAUGGCUACUCCCUCCUCAAUGGCUCUACCGUGGGCCGCUGUUAUGGCUGUGCCCUGGGUCCUGCUGAGCUCCUCCUGCUCCAGGUUCCUCCUGUCCCCUCCCUUGCUCCUGCAUCCAUGGUCUCUGUCUGCUGGCCCUCUCCCGGGGGUCUGUCCUCCACCAAGAGGUCACACCUUCUGUGAGGGGGGAGUAAUGUCAAGCUGCUGGACUCAUUAUGUUGUGUUUUCCCUCCAUGUGUUCUGUGUCCCAUGUUGAUUGUGUCAUUCCUAGCACCUGUGUUUUCCCAGUCAUCAUUUGUUUAUAAGCCCAUGUACAUUCAGUUCAUGUUUG